AUGCCCACCACCAUGAGAAUCAUGUCUGACACCAGGAAGCCAGAUAAGGCAAAAAAAGUAAAGACCGGAAAUGCCCCUGCAGAGAAGCCUCCAGCCUAUGAGCCGAAUAUCCCUGAGCCCACAUGCAGAGCUGAUCUCAUUAAAUACUGGAUCAACCUUUCCCUGGAUGACAAGACAGCCAAUAAGACUCUGUGGAUCACAGAGGGUGGCGUCAAGGUGGCACGCAUGACUGACAAUCUCACUUGUCCUGUUCUGGACAGACCAGAGAGAUACGAGCACAUCCCACAGGUACUUUGCAAGGAAGGGAUCCUGGGCUUCCGAGGCUACUGGGAGGUGGAAUAUUCAGGAUGGGUGGUGGUGGGAGUCACAUAUGAAGGAGCAGGAAGGAGGAUCAGUGAUGGACCCUGCGGUCUGGGAGAGAACGAAGAGUCCUGGGGUCUUGGCUGGGGUGGUUCCUGCUACCACGCCUGGCAUAAAGGCCACAAUAUGGAGAUCACAGAGAUUCCAAAGUACCCCGUGCUGGGCGUAUAUCUAGACCAACCCGCUGGUAUUCUCAAUUUCUAUGGUGUGGAGGAGGUGAAGGAAGGAGAGGAGGGCGCUGGGAGGAAGGAGGUUAGACUUCUGCAGCAGAUUAGGAGCUGCUUCAAGGAAAAAAUGGUGCCAGGUGUCUGGAUGGGGACACAGUCCUACUGCUUAGUGUUAAAGAAGGAGGAGUGA